GUUAAUGAAAUUAAGCUGCUAAUAUUUUGCGACACAUAACAGUGUCAUUUCUUGUUACCACUUUUUUGCGACAAAUCCGUAUCCAUUAUGUCGCAACACAAAAUUUUUCUUAACCGUGUCGUUCAGUAUAAAAUAAAUUGUCCAUACAAAAUGGAAAUAGACUAAGCAAAGACGUGACUUAAUAAUUAAUCAAAGACUAAUAACAUGGCUGCACAACAGGUACCAGAUUUGUCUAAUGCCAUUGUGGCUCAAGAUGAAAUGGGUAGACCGUUUAUUAUUGUCAGAGAUCAAGGUAAAAAGCAAAGAAAGCAUGGAAUAGAAGCUACUAAAUCUCAUAUCUUAGCAGCAAGAUCAGUGGCAUCUAUAGUUAAAACUUCAUUAGGUCCAAGAGGUUUAGAUAAAAUAUUAAUUAGUCAAGAUGGUGAUAUUACUAUUACUAAUGAUGGAGCAACGAUUUUAACUCAAAUGGAUUUAGAUAAUGAAAUUGCUAAAUUAUUAGUUGAAUUAUCAAGAUCUCAAGAUGAUGAAAUUGGUGAUGGUACAACUGGUGUAGUAGUAAUUGCUGGUGCCUUAUUAGAUCAAGCAUUAGAACUUAUAGAAAAGGGUAUACAUCCAAUUAAAAUUGCUAAUGGAUUUGAUGAAGCAUGUAAAAUUGCUGUUCAACAUUUAGAUUCAAUUGCUGAUAAUAUUGAUAUAAGUACUGAAUCAACUGAUUCAAAUCUUUUAAAAGCUGCUAGAACUUCAUUAGGCUCUAAGAUUGUAUCUAAAGCUCAUGAACAUUUUUCACAAAUGGCAGUUGAUGCUGUAUUAGCAGUAGCUGAUUUUGAAAGAAAAGAUGUUGAUUUUGAAUUAAUAAAAAUGGAAAAAAAAGUAGGAGGAUCUAUUGAUGAUUCUUCAUUAAUUAGAGGAGUUUUAUUAGAUAAAGAUUUUUCUCAUCCUCAAAUGCCUAAAAUUGUUAAAGAUUGUAAAAUUGCUAUUUUAACAUGUCCAUUUGAACCUCCUAAACCAAAAACUAAACAUAAAUUAGAUAUUUCAACUGUUGAAGAAUUUAAAGUUUUACAAGAAUAUGAACAAAAGAAAUUUCAAGAAAUGAUAGAUUUAGUUAAAGCAUCAGGAGCUAAUGUUGUUGCAUGUCAAUGGGGAUUUGAUGAUGAAGCUAAUCAUUUACUUUUAGCUAAUGGAUUAAAUGCUAUUAGAUGGAUUGGAGGUUCAGAAUUAGAAUUAUUGGCCAUUGCUACUAAUGGACGUAUUGUUCCAAGAUUUGAAGAUUUAACUCCUGAAAAAUUAGGUAGAGCAGGAAGUAUUAGAGAAUUAGAAUUUGGUACUACAAGAGAUCGUAUGUUAGUUAUAGAAGAUUGUUCAAAUACUAAAGCAGUAACAUGUUUUAUAAGAGGUUCAAAUGAAAUGAUUGCUGCUGAAGGUAUAAGAGCAUUACAUGAUUCAGUUUGUGUUGUUAGAAAUUUAGUAAGAGAUAGUAGAGUAGUUUAUGGUGGAGGUGCUGCAGAAUUAACUGCAUCAUUGGCAGUUUCAGAAGCAGCUGAUAAACAAAAGGGAAUAGAUCAAUAUGCAUUCAGAGCAUUUUCUGCUGCUUUAGAUACAAUUCCAAUGACUUUAGCAGAAAAUUCUGGUUUAGAUCCAAUUGAAACUUUAUCAGCAUUAAAAGCUAAACAAAUUAUUGAAAAAUCAUCUCAUCUUGGAGUUGAUUGUCUUGGUAAGGGAACUAAUGAUAUGAAAGAAUUAUUCGUUAUUGAUCCAUUAAUUGGUAAGAAACAACAAUUACUCUUAGCCACUCAAUUGACUCGAAUGAUUUUGAAAAUCAAUGAUGUAAUUAUUAGUGGUAAGGAUGAAUAUUAAUCAAUGCCAAUGUAUAUAUAUAUAACAUUGUAUAGGAUAUAACAAUAGUUUCUUUGAUAUAUGGCUUUGAUGUAAUA